UGGUAGUGUGUAGUGUGUAGUGUACAGUGUACGGCAGGCGGAACGUUCGCUCUGGGAUAGUGGAGCGCUCCGGAAGCCUUUGAUUGAAACAGCAGGAUGGCAGCUGUGGAGGAGACACGCGUGCAGACACCAGAGCCUCAGUUUGAGGAGAACGAUGAUUAUUCUGAUGGAGGGAGCUUCGAUGAAGGGUCAGAUGACGAAGCAAGUGAUGGAGGAGAAGAUCACAGAGACGACAAUGAUGAUGAUGAUGAUGAUAAUGUGGAGAGUGAUGGGGAGGAGGCAGAGGAUGAGGAGGGUGAUGAGGGUAAUGCUAGUGCUGGCUGGGCAGAGGCCAUGGCAAAGAUCCUGGGGAAGAAAACCCCCGAGAGCAAGCCCGGCAUCCUAGUGAAGAACAAAGAGUUGGACAAGGUGAAGGAGAAGGAAAGACAGGAGCAGCUGGAAAGAAAGAAACAGGUUGACAAGAAGCGAGCGUGGGAGAUGAUGUGCAGGGAGAAACCUGACAUAGUGAAGGACCGUGAGACAGAACGAGCUCUUCAAAGAAUUGCUACCAGGGGGGUGGUGCAGCUGUUCAAUGCGGUGAGGAAACACCAGAAAACAAUCGAUGACCAAGUAAAGGAAGUUGGUGGCUCAGAGAGGAAGAAGGCGAAGUUACUGUCAUCUGUCUCGAAGAAAGACUUCAUCGAUGUGCUACGAAGGACGGAUGGAAAACAAGAGCGCAAGACUGAAAAGGACGCUGCUCCAGCAGCAGAGGAGAAGCCCGCCUGGAGUGUCCUCAGAGACGACUUCAUGAUGGGAGCCACCAUGAAAGACUGGGACAAAGACAGCGACAAAGAGGAACCUGACACACAUUCAGGGGGGGUGGAGGAGAGCGACUCAGACUGACACCGUCCAAACAGACUGAGGGGAAGGUGAUGCCUUCAGGGACGGUGUGUGAAACAGAAGUCCUGACCUGCAGAGAACCGCUUCAGCCUCAGGAACAUCCUUCACAUCUCUGGAGGUGAAGAUCUGGAAUCUGAUCCCUGAGCGUUCACCUUCUGAUAUUUGUUGUGCAUAGAAGGUAAACAUCCUGUACUCUGACGACGUGAGACGAACUGUUACAACAAACGUGAUGUAACAGAUUCUGAGCCUGGAGGAAGUCACUGUGGACUUCCUGUCCUCCAUCAUGGAUUCAGCAUCAGUUUGCUUCCAUUCUGUUCACAGAUCAUUUAAUAGAUGAAAGACUGUGAGGGUGUGAACUCUGUAAAUAUGAAUGUUUUCUACAGCUGCUUGAAUAAACAGCCACUUCAUGUAUCCUC